CUCUUUUCUCUGCAGUACACACUUCCUUCCGGCUUUCGGUGUACGUCCACCCGGGAGCACCCGUUUGCGCCGCAGCACGAUUCUGCGUGGAGGGACUCCGCGAUUUCUUGGCUUUUCUCUGCUGGGAAACCGGCCGCUUCUUCGCUGGUUGCGAGGGACGGAGAUCUCCAGAAAAGAGACAACUUUGCGCUCCAGAUUCUUCGUCCUCUUCUCCGAUUAGCAAUUGUCCUUCGCUCUCAUCGCGUCGUGGUGUCUUUUUAUCUCCUCGCACCAGGGUCGCCCAACAGGACGGAGCGAGUUUCUUCCGGUCCGUGUCUUGCUGGAUUUGCCAUACGAUCCGCGAGACUCGUCCGUUCUUCUUCUUCUUCUGUCGAGUUCUUCAUUUUCACCUUGACCUUUUCCUCCUUCUUCCCUCCUUCAGUUUUUCGUCCUUUUUUCGUCUCUCACGAAGUUCCUCACGUGACUUUCCUCGCCAGAUGUCCACUCGCUGGCGGACACCCGAAGCAGAGAAUUUCGUUUGUUCGUGUUUUCUUCGCAUCUGUUCUCGACGCGCUUCUCUAGACCCUCUGCGUUCUCCCUCUGGACUCUUCUUUUUCUGAGCGUUUCUCGUUCCUCCCGCCCUGCUCUCGCUUUUUCACCGUUCUUGUGUCGUUCGUCUUUCACUCCCGUUUGCUUCUCUCUCGUCCUUCUUCGUCUCUGCACCCCCCUGCUUUUCCCUCCACUUCUGCAUCUCUUUUCUUUUCUCCGUCUCCUCUCCUGUCUUUUACCGUUCAAGGAUUCUCUCUGUGCCUUCUUCUUCUCCAUAGGCGGGAAAUCACCUGCGAGGCGCUCGUCUCGCUUCUCGCUCGCGUCUCUCUCCCCUCGCUCUUCGCUUCCUUUGUUCCCUUUCGUUUCUCUCUGCUUCUCUCUCUUGUCCUUCUGUCGUGUUUUUUGCUUCCAGUGGUCUUUUCCUGCCUUCCGCUGUCUCCUCUCUGUCUCUGCUUCGUCUGUCCUCUCCCGCUCUCCUCUCCGACGCGGAAAAAACGCGUGGAUCGGCGCACUGCACAAACUCCUGGAAAAAAACUCUCUCACUCCCGCGUUUGCCUCGUGUGAGUUCUCUCUCUCCUCGACACAGAGGGAGCGAGCGAGCAAGACACACGCCGAGGAGGGAGGAGAGAAAGAAGGAGGAACCAGACAAGGGGAGACAACGGCCAGCUGUGUAGCGUCGGAGAAGAACCGCGAAGAAAGAGAGUGGAUCGAGAACGGGAAGAGAACGAAGACAACGAGAACGACAACGAGAAGGAUAACGAGAAGGAAAACGACACAGGAAAACACAGCAUUCAACGCUAUCGUCGGCCUCAUUCGACUCUUUGACAAUGGGGAACGCAGACAGCAAAUCGCGCGGAGAUCUUCAACUCUUCAAUCUCCUUCAGAUUGCAAACGACGGAGGCAAGGAUGACCGCGAAGAAGGCUCUCAAUCUCCGCAGCGCCGCCUCCAGGACUUCUUGGAAGGGAACUUGACGGCGACGGAGGCUCAAGACGGUUUAGGGACGCGAGAAGAAAUUCUGCGAACGGCGCAGCACUACCCAGACGCUGUCGCGAAGCUCAUUGCUCAGCUGGUGGAGAUUUGCGUGGAGACGGCCGACCGCGUUUCCCAGCAGUCCAUCACGCCCUCUCAGUCGAGCACUUUGUUGACGACAACGCGUUUGCUGUCGCGACUCGUGCCUAUUCUUUUGGAAGACUCUGCCUUGGAACAAAAAAUUUUCUGGACUCCUCUCUUCCCUCUCUCGUCCGACGAGAACCUCGUCUCGGGUGGCUCCUCUCCGGCUGCGGCCGCCGGCGACCGAGAGGGAAAAGAGAAAAACUCGCGCCUCUCCGAGGAUCGAGAACGGGGGCGACUGUUGCAGCCAGGAGAGAAGGAAGGAGACGUUGACGAGGAAGCGAGUCGAGAGGACAGGAAACGAGAAGCAGACGAAGAAAGCCAAGACGAGAGGAAGCAAAGCUUCGAGGGAGAGAGGCGGACAGACUCGCGGAUGAGCUCAGUGGCCUCGGGAGUUUUGUCGCAGACGAGCUCGAGGUGCACUCCCGUGUUGCUGGGAAACGAGGUUGUCAAUCUUCUUUUUCGUCUGCUCUUUCUGCGAGGUUUCACGGUCGUCUUCCCUGGAGCUCCUCUGUCGCGAGAAGAACUGUCGGCGCUGCCUAAACACAAAGUGGAUUUCCGACUUCUAUGGGCAGGCGGCAUUGGUGCUGCGCCUGAAGCGGGAGCGAAACCUCCUGCGGGGAUCGCGAGAAACCGAGCCGAGGUCGUCAACUGCCUCGUCGCCUGCUUCGCAGGGCCUCUCUACAGCACCGUGGAUGAGUACCAACUUCGGGUGCCGACAUGGAUUCGUGUAGCUACCGCAGGCAAUGCCCCGUACACUGCCAAUUUAUUUUGUUCCCUUCUCUCUGUCGUCUGUUCGACGGAUACGUCGACCAGAGGCGUUUUCGGCAUCUUUGGAAAUGCAGAAGUGAAGGACAUGGUCUCUUCAGCUUUGCAGCUUCUCGUCAUUCUCCUCGACUUCAACGUCGGGGUCUUUGUUCUUCCCGAUGGCACGGAGGAGACAGAAGGCGCGAAAGGGGAGAAGGGAGGCAGGAGGAACUCACCUGCCCUUCGGAACGUCUUCCGCAGCAUGCUUUCUGGAGUCCAUCGACCUGAGGAGUUGGACUUCAUUUUCGACGGACUAACGCACCAUCUUGCGAGUGCCGCCUCUCGCUCGCGAACGAGUUCCGUCUCCGAGAAACCGGACUUAUUCUGCGAGCAACUCCUCAUUCUCACAUGGCACCUCCUCACCUUGAAUGGCCAUUUUCUCCGCCACGUUUGCUCACGCCGUGGAGCUGACGCGUUGCUGCGGCCUUUGAUCGCUCUGCUUCUCGACGCCUCCUUCUUCAUUCAUCGGCGCCCGACCCCACAGACGCACGAUGCGAGGCCCUUGGCGGAGACAAGAGACAGCCUGUCUCCCUCCACGAACGGAGGCAGCCUGCUCGCGAACGACGGCGCGGAGUCUCCGUCGUCUUCGAGUCCUGCAGAAGCUGCGACUGCGCUCUCUCGCAUUGGUUUGCUUCACAUGUGUUCCUUUAUUCUCCUUGUUCUCUCCUCUGAAAGAGAUUUCGCUGUGCGUCUGAACGAACCGUUCCUCGGAAAGGCCCCAGCUGACAUCCCCGUUUUCCAGGGAAGCUACGCUGACCUUCUGUGCCUCGCGGUCCACAGAGUUGUCAUGGACGCUACGGGGCCUCGAGGGAGUUCAGACAGCCUGGUGGACAUGCUGCUCACUGUGCUCUGCAACGUGAGUGCGUAUGUGAAAUCCUUCUGUCUCGAGUCUUGUCUGCGACUCAUGGCCAUGAUGGAGAGACUGACGAGACGCUACUGGCUUUUCUCUGCCCCGCAACAUUACCACGAUGUCUUCUUCUUGCUCGACGUCUUCAACAACCUCAUUCAAUACCAGUUCGAGGGGAACUGCCAGUUAGUGUACGCAAUUUUGCGACAGAAGAAAAUUUUUUGCGAUUUGGAGAAUCUUUCUUUGCCUGCUUCACUUCGUCGCAAUUCUCGUCGAGAGACGAAGGAAGGCGAAGAUUCGACUGCGUGCGACAGACCUCGCGCAGAAGGCAGUCUCCCGAGUUCUCACGGAAACGGGGGUGACGGUGGAACAGAUGGUGGAGCAGCUCGCCACAGAGAAGAAAGGGAAGACGAGGUAAACGGGGAUAACAAGGGUAAACGAGACGACGAAAGAAGCGACAGAGAAGACGAAGAUGACAGCUUGGCUGGCGACGAGGAUCGAUGGGAACCUACGGAAGAGUGGCUAGACGAGUGGAAGCACAAACUCCCUCUUCAGACGAUUCUACGCCUGAUUCAGUGUCUCCUGCCCCAGGUUGAAGAGGAGUGUACACGGCGGGAAGUUACCGAUCAGCAAGACAUUCUCGCGUUUUUGGAGAAGACAACGAUGGUUGGAUUGUUGCCUGUUCCGCACCCCAUUAUCAUCCGAAAUUAUCAACCGAAUGCAUACACUGCUUUGUGGUUCACCUCCUUCAUGUGGGGCGUGCUGCUGGUCUCUUCCGCGGCUCUGCACAACGUAGCUCGCUCUCGCAUUCGUCUUAUCGUCAUGAAUCCUUGACGCGCAAAAAAAUGGAGGUUGGGGCAGCAGCUAACGAGAAGAGACGAGAGCAAGAGAGAAGGAGAGAGCAGAGCACUCAGCACCCGCGGAAGAAAGGUCCUGCACACGUCUCUCGGCAGAGACGAGCAGGCUGGAUCUCUCUCUCGGUCGCUAGAGUCCGCCGUAGAAAGAGAACAGGGAAGGAAGCCAGAUGGGAGCACAGAAGAAGUUCAAGGACAGUCGGUGGUGACGACCCUGGAAAUUGAGGGAGACAGUGCAGAACGUAACGGCGUUCGUCCUUUCGGGGAGAAAGGAGAUAGACAGAGAGAGAACGAGGAAGCAUGCGAGGGAAGACACUGUGGACACGGCGUUCAGUCUGCGUCCGUUUCAGCUCGAUCCGCCUUUUCCAGAGAAGCGCGGAGCGGCAUGCAGACGCACGCUCUCUGGUGUAGAUACGCGGCCCUGUUUUUUAAGAAGGAAAUGUGUGCUCUUGAAACGUGAGCGUUCUGUAGCGGCAAAAACGGCCCACUGCAUUUCACGUGCCAAGCCGGCAUAAAAAAAGAGCGUACAUGUGGUAGAGAAAGCCGCGGAGCCGUGGCGAGAAAGUGCAAGUUUCUCUGUGUCAUGACUGGAACGAGGAGAGAGGAACGAUGAGGUGUCUGUGGUGACGACGAAGACAAGACGAACGAAAAAACGAGGCGCUGCAUCAGGGAUGAAAAAAACAGUCACCGUCAACAACUUUAUCGAAUGAAUUGUACAUGCCUCGGGGUACUGCCCCAAUCCCUUGGAUGGCCAGGGUGGAAGCUCCAGGCUUGGGUACCGUGUGUGAGGCCGGCAGGCGAAUCUCCUUGCUUCCCGCAAAGUGGCAGAUGCCGCACAGACCGCAUGGGUCGGUGUGUCUCCACACAAAAAAGUUCAUCUUCGCAACGGUGUGAAUAUUGCGAGACAAACAGCUAGAUAUGUGCACACUGGUCAGCAA